UCUUUUUCAUGUUGUUUUAUGAUGCAGGCUGAGGCCAAGCAGCCCCGUAAGCCUGCCCGUGCCCCUACACCUGAACCAGAGCCGGAACCAGAAAGUGAGGAGAGUGAUGUUGAGCUUGACAACACUGGUGUAGUUGAUGAUCCAGAUGAUUUCAUGCCUGAGUAUCCAAACAUGGAGAUUGACGUCACUGAGGAGAUGAUGGAUGACGCCAAUGAGAAGCGCUCCCAGGCCAUGUCUGCCAUGGGCGAUGGAAAUAUGGAUGAGGCCAUACGUUUGUUCACAGAAGCGAUCAAGAUAAAUCCGAAUUCUGCCAUAUUCUAUGCUAAAAGAGCAAGUGCUUACAUCCGCAUGAACAAGCUGAAGGCGGCCAUCCACGACUGUGACAAGGCUAUUGAAAUCAACCAAGACUCCGCACAGCCCUACAAGUUCAGGGGCAAGGCCAGGAAAAUGCUGGGCCAGUGGGAGGAGGCAUACACAGAUUUGGCCAUGGCAGAGAAACUGGACUAUGAUGAAGACAUACAUGAAAUGCUGAAACAGGUCAAACCCAAUGCAUUGAAGAUCCAGGAACACAAGCGUCGGUAUGAGAGAAAGGGCGAGGAGAAGGAACUGAAAGCUCGUAAGGAAAGGCUCAGGAAAGCCAAAGAGGCUCAGGAGAAGGCCAGACAGGAGCAGAGUCAGCGUGCAGGUGAGAACAUGGGAGGUUUCCCAGGGGGCUUCCCUGGAGCAGGGGGAAUGCCAGGGGGAUUCCCUGGUGCUGGGGGAAUGCCAGGGGGAUUCCCUGGUGCUGGGGGAAUGCCAGGGGGAUUCCCAGGUGCAGGUGGGAUGCCAGGGGGAUUUCCAGGUGGUGCAGGCGGUGCUGGAGGUGGUGCUGGUGGCGGCGCUGGUGGUAUGGGCGGAAUGGGUGGUAUGGGUGGAAUCCCCGACAUCUCCCAGCUUCUACAGGACCCAGAAAUACUCUCCGCAUUCCAGGACCCGGAGGUAUCAGCAGCAUUCAUGGACGUCAGUCAGAACCCGGCCAACAUUUCCAAGUACCAGGACAACCCAAAAAUCCAGAAGAUUAUUCAAAAGAUGUCAUCCAAGUUUGGGGGUGGGCCACCUCCUGCAGGUGGAGAAGGGGGCUCUCCUGGGGGACCUGGUGGGGCACCCAAACCACCUCCAUCUGCAGGUGCUGACCUCGGCGUUGACUAGAUGUAGGAUGGAAAUGGAUUUCUGUUUUGGAAGCAGUCAGUUCCAUGUGACGCAAGCGAUGUUCUAGUGUGUAUGUGACGAUGUGUGUUCUAUGUGGACUGCGACAGUCGUGCCAUGUGUCAUCAUUAUUAAACAUACCAUUUUGCAAAGUGUGUAACAUUCAAGUAUGAAUGUUUAUCUUUCCAAACAGGAAUUGAGUGUGGCUAUUUAACUGUCAGAAGGCAUAAAAAAAAAUUGUUAUUGAAAUUGUUUUGUAUUAAUUUAUGAUAUGCGUUUUAAGGAUCAAUUUUUUUUCUGUUUUAUCACAUUAAUGUGAAUUAUAUUGCAUGAAUUACAUGUAUUUUCUUUUCUGAUCAUGUUUGAUAAAUUUUUCCUGCUCUAUGUUCGUGUGACAAUGUUCAAUUUAUCUUUGAAAUGUUAAGAUCAAAACAAUAAAAGGUGACUCUUGAGUCUUGUUACCUGAUAUCAGAUCAAUCCUAUCAUCAUCAUUGCUUUACCUGAUAUCAGAUCAAUCCUAUCAUCAUCAUUGCUUUUAUGUUAGAACUAAUUCAGUUCAUACAGUUUAUUGUAUUUAAUAGAUUUUGUCAUAGAAAUAUUUCAGUUUUCAGAGCUUUUUUAUCUUCGCUAAUGAUUUAACUGUUACACACCAACAUAAUAUGCACAAGUACUUGUACAGCUGGUUUGUUCAUGCACAUUAAUACUGCUGUAGACUUACCAUUUGGAACUUAGUUGAAUGAAACAUCUGUAUGUACUUAAUUUUGCUUGAUUAAAAAAAUCCGUUUGACUCAAAAUUACUAAGCCUCAAAAAUUCACUUGAAGUAAAAACUUAUUAUGGGUGUUGGCACCUUUUAAACCUUUUUGAUCACAGCAUUAGAUGUCAUUGGUUGUACAAUGUAUUUCUUGUAUUUUAUUUACACUAGUAAAAUAAAACUUAUAUGCAGUCA